AUGCGGAUUACCUACAGGAAGGACAGGCUUCCGGCGAUUGCAGGGAUGGCGAAGCAAUUUCGCUAUUUUGGACAGACUGGCCAGUAUCUUGCUGGACUCUGGGAAGUGGACUUUUUUGACAAUAUCCUUUGGCAUGCAUCCGUAAGAUCGGCAAAUAUGCCGAGGCCUUCCGAAUGGAUCGCUCCUACAUGGUCGUGGGUGUCGGUGGGUGCAGGGGUCCAGUUCAUCAGAGAGGCCGAGACGUCUCUUGAAGUCAACGACCGUGUUCAACUCCUAGAUGCAAUGUGCGAACCACUGUACAAGGACGAUACUCUGAAUUUGAAGUCGGCAUAUGUGAUCGUUUCUGGCCCGUCACUCAAAGCCACGAUCGAACGGAAAGUCAGCAACGACGAAUGUAUUGCUUACGUUCUGACUCGGGACGGAGUUACUUCUAGCCUCUUUAUGCAAGACUACGACCUUUCAAAACUGGGACCAUUUCAUGUGGAACCUGGAAGCAACGUCAUCUGCGUGGAAAUUGCGAAUCGACUUAUUUACGAUAUGGAUGGGAAUGGAAUGUUCUCGUUGAUAUUGAGGGAGCUUGCGAAUGGAAAACAUGAGCGAAUUGGAAUUGCAGAAUGGGAUGAGAACAUCCGGGAAGUUUCUGAUUCUGCAGAAAUGAAUAGCUUCAAAAUUGUUUGA